CUUAUUAUAACUUCCACCCUCGGUCUUAGACACUCUUGACCAUUCAAAUGCAAAUCGUAACAAAACAUGUAACCAAUAAACGCAUGCCACGUAUGAGAGCAUUCUUACAGCAUCUCUAACCGAUUGUUAUCCACCGUUAGUUUCAGCAAAUUCUAUCUCCCUCCCUCUCUUUCAGCAAGAGAGUGAGAGACAGAACUAUGGUUUCCUCUUCAUUCUCUCCUCUCUCUCAAUUUUCAUUAACCAGCUUCAAUGUCUGUGAGAAACCCACUAGCCAUAAAAUUUACAAAAUCCCAAUUGGGUGCACUUUGAAACUCAAAAGUUCCUCUGGUUCUUCUUGGACUUCUUCUUCAACUUCUUCACCAUCUUGCCAAGUUCUUCACAAGUCUCUUCCCUUGGCUGCUUCAGUUGUUGUUCUUCUCUGGUCAAAUCCAGCAAAAGCUGGAUUUCUGUCAGGAUUCCCUGGAAUAGAAUCAGUUCCUGGACCUAAGUUGCCCGAAAUUGAAUUUCUCAAUCGCUUCAACGAAGAAAACCAGAAGAGGUAUGCAGAACUUGAUGACAAAUUCAAAUCAUCUCCUCUGCUCAAGGAAUACCUUGAGAAAACCAAGUUGAACAAAGAAAAGAAUCGCCAAGAAACUCAGGACAAGUACUGCCUACGUGGAGCAGAAUGGGGUGUUGGAGAUUGCUCAGCAGAGGGAAUGUCAGCUGAGGAUAAAGAGAAGUUCAUUGCGGCUUUGAAGCAGAAGGUUGGAGUGAAAUAAAAGGAGCUUUAGAUAAUGGUUUCUUGGCUUAGCAUCAUGGGUAAAUCUACCAUGUAAGAUCACAUUUUGGAACAGUUUCUUUCAACAGGAUAGCAUUUGUAGCCUUUCUUCUUCCUAUUAUUGUUUUGAAUGUAAUAUGAAUUAGCCAGGCAUAGGUUGUAAGCUUAUAACAAGGUGUUCAGUAGGUAAUCCAGUAAUCUUUUGGUAUAUUAAAUUGUUUCUUA